GAGCUUCCCGCAUCGACCACCUCUGUCGGAUUCUGGUUGAGAACGGGAACCACAAAUCAACUUUUCCUUCAUCAGGUUUAGGUUUCUCCAUUUUACGGAUCUCAACAGAAGACUCUUUCAAGUUAUUCACUCAAUAAUUGUUAUACCCUUGGAAUUAUUUCUGACUCUUUCACCACCUACUCCGCAACUAUUACUCACACCAGGUGAUUCACAUUUGAUCUGAAGCUUGUAUCAACCUAGGACCUGCUGAAAGCCACCAGAAAUCAUCUUUGGUGGGGUUGAAGCAACGACAACGGAACAAUUACCCCGAGUCACUCAACCACCGUUCAACCACAUUGAACCAUCCUACAGACGUAGUCAUGAAUCGUUACGAUGACGGCGAGCUAGAGAUAUCUCUGGCACCAUCUGCAAACCAUCGCGCACAACAUAGAGCCUCGGACGCCGGCUCACACUCGCGUCGUGAUUCGCAAAAUGGAAACAGCAGGAGGAUGGAAACGGUUCCGGCACCACAAAGGAAGACGGAGCAGCGAGUGGGCGCAUACUCAGUCAUACGUACCCUUGGAGAGGGCUCGUUCGGAAAGGUCAAAUUGGCGGUCCAUCGAGUGACUGGCCAACAGGUUGCGUUGAAGAUUAUUGGAAGGAGGAAGUUGAUCAGUCGUGAUAUGGCUGGGAGAGUGGAGCGAGAGAUCGAAUACCUUCAGCUUUUGAGACAUCCGCAUAUUAUCAAAUUGUAUACCGUCAUCAAAACAACCUCGGAGAUAAUUAUGGUUCUCGAAUAUGCCGGCAAUGAGUUAUUCGACUAUAUUGUACAACACGGAAAGAUGAGGGAAGAUGAAGCCAGGCGGUUCUUCCAACAAAUUAUCUGCGCAGUCGAAUACUGUCAUAGACAUAAGAUCGUACAUCGAGAUCUAAAACCCGAAAACCUUCUUCUCGACGAGAACCUGAACGUCAAAAUCGCCGAUUUCGGACUAAGUAACAUCAUGACGGAUGGAAAUUUUCUCAAGACAAGUUGCGGAAGUCCAAAUUAUGCCGCACCCGAAGUCAUUAAUGGAAAAUUAUACGCUGGUCCCGAGGUCGACGUUUGGAGUUGUGGUGUCAUAUUAUAUGUUUUACUCGUCGGAAGAUUGCCCUUCGACGAUGAACAUAUUCCCUCUUUAUUUGCGAAAAUUGCUAGGGGCCAAUAUAAUGUUCCCAGUUAUAUGGGUCGUGAAGCUGCCGCGUUGAUUAAGAAGAUGUUGGCAGUUAAUCCGGUCCACAGAGCUACCAUUGGCGAUAUUCGAGACGAUCCUUGGUUUACUACAAAUCUACCUGCUUAUUUGCAACCUCCGGUGGAAGAAUUUAUUGAUACAGGUGUUGACCCCGCGAAAGCCAUCAAUCCCCGAGCAAUUGCACCUCAUGCAAGCCCGGCUAUCCAGGAGAAAUUACAUGUGCAAGUUACUGAAAAGAUUAGUAAGACGAUGGGUUACGGUAUCAAAGAUGUUCAAGAGGCUUUGGCUGCGGAAGAACCUUCGGCCAUCAAAGAUGCGUAUCUUAUUGUUCGAGAGAAUAAGUUGAUGCAAGCUAAUCCGAAUCUCCUUGAUGACAGAAAUCAACUUCUCUUCCAGAUUCCUUCACCUCCGGCGUACGACUCAGCAAUUCCUCCCUCAUUACCUAAUUCGCCUUCCGUUGCCAUAAAGGAACGACCCGGUAAUAUCCAACCAGUAGUUGCAGCAUUUCAGCCUCGACCUAGCCCCCUUCUUGAUGCCGUAUCGCCGAGAUCUAGUAGUUCUAUUGGAACUGAUAGAUCAUUUGGUCGACCAUAUGUUAGCAAAAUCGGAAUAUUGCCAAGCAGUAUUCCGCAAUACCAUAAAGAGUUCAUGGAAACACACAAGUCUGGCCAUCAGGAGAGCACCCUGUCAACAUCUCACUCAGAGGCCAUCGAACCAUCACCUCAAACAGACGCUGAAAAAGCUGAAACAGUUCGCCGCUUAAAUCCACAUUCUAGAACUCUUGCGAAACUUGAUGAAGGCAAGAAGCCAGCAGGUAUGACUCCAGUUCCAUCGAAAAAGUCAAAGCCUACAAAAUGGCAAUUUGGAAUUCGAUCUCGAAAUCAGCCUCUUGAAGCAAUUGGAUGCAUUUAUAGAGCUCUUCAAAAGCUUGGUGCCGAAUGGUUAGUUGGAGAUGAAUGGACACCUGGUCAAAAUGAAGGUAACGGGAAUAAUCGCAAUGAUAAUAACGACGACAACGAUGAUCCAAAUGGAAGUGGCGCCUCUCUGCAUCGCGAAACUUCUAUGAAUGGCACUUCGUCGAAGAGAAAUAGAUUCAGUGGUAUGGAUAAGCAAGGAAACUACAAGUUGCCAGAAGAUCCAUGGGUGCUUCAUGUCCGUUGGAAGAAAACUGAUAUCCGACGUCAUUCCAUUGCUUCCUUGAAUAGUUCAACCUCUAGUCCCGCACUUCCAUCCUCAAUGCCAAAAGAUGAUGAAUCUGAAGCCAACGACGCAGGUGUCAUCAUGCAUCUCGAUAUCCAACUCUAUGAAAUGGAACCCGGUGUCUAUCUAGUUGAUUUUAAGUGCGCAGGAUAUGAAACUGCAAAGGGUAUGCUGUGCGAGGAAAAAGAUGUUACUAGUCCUUUCCCUUUCUUGGAUUUGGCUAGUAAAUUAAUCAUUCAAUUGGCGGAAGCUGAUUAAAUGGUUCGUUGGUUAUUGAAUCGUUCAGUUUCUUUGGUAUGACAAUAAUUAUCGUGAAAGUUACGAUGAUGAGCAAUGAAAAUUUUAUAUAUUUAUUUUUCGGUAUGGGGAGUGAGUUUGGGAUGUGGAUGUGGAUGGAAUCGGCUUCGGAGAAUCGGGUAUUAAAAUUAUGGCAAGAGGGUGAUUCUAUACCUUGCUGCUACUACCUCGACUCGACUUGAUUGGCAUACUGGCUUGUGUUUAUUAUGGAUGGACUGGCGAAUUGCAUGGACUGGAACGGAUCACAAUGGAUGAUUGAAUUGAAAGAGGCGUAGUGUGGAGUUCUAUGCGGUCUCGCGAUUUACAGAUUACUUUUCUGUUCUGUUUUAUCAUCAUGGAGGUAUUUACUACUAUCCAGGGAACUUUGGGAGAUAAACAUGUCUUACUUGUGGCUUGCUCGACUUGAAUUUGGGAAGGGUUAUGGUUCAGAGAGGGAGGGAAUGGUGGAGAGUGACGAGGGAAUUUGAAAGCAGACUUACCUGGAGAUUGCCAAAAAUCAAGAGUGAUGCAAAUACAAAUGUAGCUAAAGAAAUUAAGAUAUCUGAAUCUGGUUUA